GGUGACAAUCAGAGAUGCAGCUGUCUUUCUGCACCAACUUUUUGAUUUCUCAUUCAGUAUUUUUUCUAUGUGCAGCCAGCCCUUUUUGAAGUUUUUAAGGAUUAUAUACCAUAUGAACUUAUUUAUAAAACACUUUACAGUUAAGUUACAGCUGUCAUACACAACACGUAGAAUACACAAACCAUUACAGUCAAAACAGGUAACAAUGUACAAUGCAAAUAUCAAAACAAACAUUACAUGACAUAAAGUCCAUUUUAUUUAAACCUAGAUAAAACAACAACAAAUUUAAAGACAUAUAUAUCUUAAAAGUCACUGAAAAGGCUACACAAAAGUUGCAGUUUUUCACGUAAAAUAUAAAUCAUUCCUAAUUUAUGAAAGCAUUCUUAGACGCAGGUAUUAACAAUCGAUUUGCCAUCCAGUCACUAAAGCGUAGCGCUCAUCCAACUCUGCUAUCUACUAGUCCUGCCUUCCGUGUUUGGUAAACAACAUGGCGUCGCCCUGUCAGUCGAGUGACGGAGUGUAUGAAGCGUAGUCUAAUCGUCAAGUUUUAUCCUUUAAUUUUUAAAAAUCAUGUUUAAGUCUGUGGUGCGUUGUGUGCGUAAUGGAAGCGGGCAGUCUGUUCUGAUCGCUCUGGGUGUUCGGACCUUACACGGAGCUGGGAAGAGGUCAGAUCAUCAGACACGAGGAGCCAGGGCACUAGCUCCUACCCCCGGCCUCUUCCUGCCCCAUCUGCGGCUCAUGUCAAGUGCUGUACCCACAAGAAUGCUGUCCAUCUCGGCCUCGGAUCCACCAGAGAGAGCAGUACCUCAGGAGAUGGACCCGCGGGAGGAGGAGACGGGGUUCGGUUCGCUGUCUGGGUCCUUGUCCACUCGUAGAUCUUACAGGAAAAGCAGUGCGUAUCAUGAGGAUGAGGAGGAGACCGGGGAAAAUGCACAGAAAAUGGUGAGGAGGCAGAAGAGGGUCAAUACGCCUUACUGGUAUUUUCUACAGUGCAAGAAGCUGAUUAAAGAGAACAAGCUCCAGGAGGCUCUGGACCUGUUCAGUAAAGACAUGUUGCAGGGAGAGAGGCUGCAGCCUGAGGAGUUCAACUACAGUGUGCUGAUCGGAGGCUGUGGGCGCGCCGGGCAGCUCAAGAAGGCUUUCAAACUUUAUAAUGAUAUGAAAAAGCGUGGCCUGGAGCCUUUGGAUGCGACCUACACGGCUUUGUUUAAUGCCUGCGCCGAGUGCCCAUUCAAACAAGCCGGGCUCCAACAGGCUCUGAAGCUGGAACAGGAACUGCGUCGGAAAAACUACCCCCUCAGCACUAUCACGUACCACGCUCUCCUGAAGGUCCAUGCAGUCACCAACCACCUCCAAGCCUGUCUGCACACUCUGAGGGAGAUGCUGGAGAACGGCCAUGUUGUGACUCCGGAGACGUUUCACUACCUCCUGAUGGGUUGUGUGAAGGACAAAGACUCUGGGUUCAGACAGGCCUUGCAGAUCUGGCGUCAAAUGUUGAUAUCUGGUAUUCAUCCGGACUCAAAGAACUACACCCUCCUGCUGCGUGCUGCAAGGGAUUGUGGGAUAGGGGACCCAGCUUUGGCCUCUGCUGUACUGCUCAGCACUAUAGAGACUCCUAAGAGAGACAGACCAAAGAAAAGGACUCCGUUGCCUGAAAACAACAUCAUUGAUGUAGAUGUUUUAGAAAAGGAACUGUUUAUCCAAUCAGAACCAAAGACUCCUAACCCUGUAAUGAAACAAGAUGGAGCUCUUAUUCAAAUAUCAGACCAUCAAAUACAUUCACCACCUGCUAAUGUUGAGGAGAACACUAAUAGUCCUAACUUACUGGAUGUAUUUGAAGGUAAAAAUGCUGGUGUCCUCUCUCUGUGUGCCACGGAGAAUGUUUCAGAUCGUCUGGCUCUCAUUGGAGGAGCUCAGGGCUUUCUGCAGAGUAUGGAGGUCAGAAGACUCAAACCAGACCUGAAGACUCUGACCCUGUUGGCGGAUGUGGCCGAGCCCAGCCUGCAGGCGCUCUCCCUGCUCUUGAGAACAGCCAAGCAACACCAGAUCAAACUGGAUGUGGCCUUCUUCAACUCUGUCAUUCGCAGAGCAGCAAAAGCAGGAGAUAUGGAGACGGUGCAGGCUGUGCUGAGUGCUAUGCGUAGGCGUCAUAUGAGCAUGAACGUGCAGACUUUUGGAUGCCUGGCUUUGGGCUGUGACCAGGAGAAGGACGCUCUUCAGUUACUUGAAAACAUGGAGGAGUUGGGGCUCAGGCCAAAUGUCCGUGUGUUCUCUGCUCUGAUUGGUCGAGCCACUCGCAGACUGGAUUAUAUUUACUUGAAAAAGCUUCUGUUACUGAUGAAGGAGAAGGAGGUGUGGCCUAAUGAAGUCAUCAUCAGGCAGCUAGAGUUUGCUGCUCAGUAUCCUCCAAACUAUGACCAGUACAAAUGCAGAAACAAUUAUUUGGUCCACAUCGAUGGUUUCCGCGGUUACUACCAGCACUGGCUGAGGAGCAUGCCUGCACAGACAGCAGAGCAGGCAGAGAUUGAGCAGAGAGUGACCGGAGCUGUGCAGAUGAUCGAGGAGAGAACAGAUGGACUGUCUGAGGCUCAGAGGAACCAAAGAGCUGCAGCCAGGAAAUACCACUCCAAGAAGGACGAGAGCAGCAGCAGGGCCCAGUCUGCUCUGUGAAGGCUAAGCAUGCCUCUAGGACAUCUAAAUAUUGUAAAAUAAACAGGACUUCCUUCACUGUUAAAAUAUGUGAAUGCCUGGGGAUCUAUGAUGAAUUAAUUUGUAUUAUUUGUUUAAAUAAGUCUAGAGUGCACAUAUCAAAUAUUGUACAGUUUACCGUAAUGGCUUACAACAGCAUAGUAAAAAACUGUUUUGUAUCAUUUAGUGCUGGGGUGUGUCCAAACCUUUUGUCACUGAGGCCUUCAUAUUAAAAUACACACAUAUACAUGGUGGAUUAAAUAAUGAAUGAUGAAUACAACAUUUGUGCCUAUAUUAAAAGAAUCAGACUCAAAUAAA